GGUUUACCUUUUGUCCAGAAAUCAACAAUUUCUAGGUUAUAUGUACAUUGAUGACCAAGUUAGAAGCCAAGCUCGCCGAAUAAGCUGGUAUCCACCUCCAAUCAAGCGAAAAGAUGGUGUUGCUUGGACAAAAACAUAUAACUGGAGCAAUGGAGUGUGCAGACAAUCCGAAGAAAACCCACUGGAAUUGUAUGAG